AAAACGAUUGUAAUGAUUUGUAGUUGAGAACCACUGUAUAUCUUUGCAGUAAACGCAAGCUAGUCUUUAAUUCAUUUUUCUGGUUAUUCAUUUUUGUAAUAACAUAAAUUAACGAAAAUGUCGGCGUGGAGACAAGCAGGAUUGAACUAUAUAAAUUAUUCUCAAAUUGCUGCCAGACUUGUUAGACAAGCUCUGAAAAGUGAUAUCAGAGUAGAAGCUCAAAAGCGUGACGAGGUUAACGUUAAAUUUACGCAAUGGAAAGAUGGAAAACCAGUCACUGAGAAAUAUUAAAUUCGAAGAUCAAAAAACAGUAAAUCUCUGUAUCACAGCUGGGUAGGAAAAUUCAUCCAAUAUUUACAUUUAUAGAAAUAACUUAUGUAUGAUGAUCCUAGUUCACGUAUGAAAUAAAAUCAUCUUCCACUUU